UUUUAAGUUUUCAUUUUCUUAUUAUUAGUUAUUUUGUAAUGUUUUUAACCAUCUAUUGCCUUUUUUAAAGAUAAUAUUGCGCAGUUUUGCUUUGAUUUUUUAUCUUUAUCUCUUAAGAGUAUUAAGAGUCUUUAAUUUGCAUUGAAGCUCUCAGUAAGGCUAAUUUAGCUGGUUUUGUGAGAUUUUUAGUGAUUUUUGUUUGCUUUGGAAAUUAAGAAAUAACCCCCUUAUUUUGUAAAACACUUCACCUUGCGUUGAAAAUAUUUUCAUACAAAUUUAAAAAAACAAAAACAAUUUAUAUAUAAAAUGAAGUGAGGGGAAGGGAUUUAAAUCUUCAUUUUAAAAACUUAAGACUUUGGCUGAGUUUUACACUUCUUGUAAAAUACUAAGACGAUUAGUAUUAUGUCCGUCUGUAUCUCAGUAUUUGAUAUUGAUUAGGAAACAUCUGUCCAUCUGGAAGUCUGAUGUUUUGAAGAUAGUGACCAGAAUAGAGUUGUUAAGGGGGAUGACAAUGGACUACUCUAUUUAAUUAUAAAGUGAGUAGCUUAUGAUUGGUCUAGUGACUAGUCUACUGAUCAGUUUAAAGACUAGUCUAAUGAUUAGUUUGACAUUUUAAGAUGAUCAAAUUAUGUCCGUCUGUGUCUAAGUUUUUUGGUAUUGAUUAAACAACAGCUCUCCAUCCGGCUGUCUGUUGUUUUGAAAAUUGGUCCCAGAGGAAUGACAAUGGACUAGUCUAUUAAUUAAUCUAAUGACUAGCUAAUGAUUUGUAUAGUGUCUAGUGUAUUGAUUAGUAUAUUGAUCAGUUUAAGAAUUAGUCUAAUGACUAAUGUAUUGACUAAACUAAUGAGUAGUCUAUCGAUUAGUCUAUUGAUAAGCCUAUUGAUUAAUCCAAUCUAAUGACUAGUUUAUUGACUAAACUAAUAAGUAAUCUAUUAAUUUGUUAAUUGAUAAGUCCAGUCCAAUGGCUAGUAUAAUGGUAAGUCAAAAGACUAGUCACCAGACUUAUCAAUUGGCUAAAAAGUGUAGUCUAUUAAAUAGUCUAUUAACUAGUCUUUUGACCAGUCUUUGAAUUAGUUAAAUGACUAGACUGAUGUCAAUGCUUGAUUGCCAAUUGAUUAGUUUUAUAAAAUGUCUAAUGACUAUUUUUAUCACUAAUCUAUUGAAUAGUAUAGUCUAAUGACUUGUCUACUGUCUAGUAUUUUGACGAGUCCAUAAAAAAGUGGCCUAGUCUGUUCACUAUUGGUUCAUUGACUAGCCUCUCCUAAUUUAAACAUUAGUUUAUUGAUUAGUUUGAGCUAGAAUUUUGUCCAAUCUAUAAACAAGUUGACAAAUCAGUCAAGGUACUAGUCUACUGUCUAGUCUAUUUAUUAUACGAUUAAUUUGUCUAUUGACUAGUCUAAUAAAUAGUCUCUUGCUGAUAAACUAGUCUACUAGACUUUUGAUAUGUCUAUGAACUAGACAAUAGUCAUAUCUCGUUUAUGGAUACUAUAACAGUUUUUCGUUUGUCCUAAAUUACUACUUAUGUAUUUCUUCCACAAACUUGGCAAUCCGGCUCCUACUCUGCCAUUUAUUUUAUUCAAAUUCUUCUUUAUUGUAACACAAAUCCUUUGUUAUUUGCACAUUUUGCUAUUUGCAAUACUACACUUUAGCUCUUUACAGCAAAGGAUACAACUCUCGCUCUCUAUUUUGUCACUUUAUAUAACACAUCUCUCUCGUUCUCUCUCUUACAUAACCACACAAACACAUGUUUUAUUUUGUUUACAAUUGAAAACCAUACAUGUACCAUUACACUCUUUGUUUUUUUUUUGCACAGUUUUAUUUAUUUCUUGAUUUCUUAAAAGAGUAAAAAUCACUAAAAAUCAAAAAAAAAAAAAAAAAAAAACAGAGGAAACAACAUCAUCUCCUAGUAACAGAAACUAGUAGAAAGGAAACCAAUCCCUAUAAAACAACAACAUUACGUUAGACAGAGAUAACUUUGAAAAAAUAGGAAAAAAAUAUUAAAAACAAAUUUGUUGUAACUGUAGAAGCAAAUCAAAGAGUAGGCAAAAAUAGGAAAUAAAAAAAUAAAAUAAAAAUCCUCACAUAAAAUCAUAGAAAAUUAGAAAACAUAAAAGAGUUUAAAUGCACGAGGCAACGUUAAUGGCAACUAGUUUAGGUCUAUAAACCGUUCUGUAAGACCGUAUUUAGGAUUUAAAUAAAAGCAGGACGUAAAAAAAUUAAAUAAAUAAAAAGUGGAAAAUAUAACAAAAUUAAAGAAAAAUGUGUCAAUAAAUAAAAAAAAAAAAAUAAGAAAAAUCUAUAAAUAAUAAUAAAAAAAAUUAAAAAUAUAAUAAAAAAAUUUAAAAUAAAAAGUGUUAAAUAUUAAUUAAAACAAAAUAAUUUUAAAUAAAAAAAUAACACAAAUUUGUGAAAAAUAAAGUUUUUAGUCAUCAAUGCUGUAUGUAGUUGCUGUAAUUUCUGUGUCAAAUUGUAAUUUUUGUGUGUCAUUCAUCCAAAAUCCAAACAUCUUUAAGCAGCUUUAAACAUCUUUAAUCUUUAAAUUAUUGACUAAGAUAUUUUCCACUAAUUUGACAAACAAAAUAACCAACAUGAAACACUUGAGAACAAAAUCCUAAAUAAAUUUAAAAAAUAUAUAAAAAAAGUUGCCAAAAAGUUUUUAAAUAAAAUUAUCAAAACAAAUAUUAAAAUAUAUAAAAGCAGACCAUGCGUCUGGCAAAACUUGCUUCACAAAAAACUAAAAAAAAUAGUCAACAUAAAUAUGAAUUGCAACAGCAACAAAAUAAUGAAUGGACUAAAGGUCAAACAGGAGGAGGAUUUGGCAAGCGUUUUAGUGGCACCCUCAGCAUUCUCAGUAGCAGUAAUAAUAGUGGAAGUGUGCGCAGUAGUGUGGCAGGCGUCAACGGCGCUCAGCGCAAUAGUUUCGGUAACGGCAGCUGUAUCUCCUCGUCUGCCUCUACCAACAAUACAUGUACGAACAAAAAACGUAAAUCGAAAACUACAAAGUGUUUUAGUAGCACAGUGUUUCGUUGUUGCCUUCCUUGUCGCGGGGGCAGCGGCUCGGCAGCCCCCGCCACAAGUCCACCCCAUACGCCCGUACCACCGAACAAUUCGACAAAGGUCGACAGUACAGUAAAACGCAAGCGUUCGGGUAAGUCAGCCAUUGAAUUGACAACGGACGGUAACGAAUCAUUAAUUGCGGCGGUAAAGAAACAUUCAUUGGCCGAUACUAUUGGCACCUCAGCCACCACACCCAUCUCGCUCAAGACCCUUAUUAACGACGAGGAAGAGGACUUGCAACAACACAUAAGUGCUGCAGAUAUAGCAGCUGCCAAAUUAGCUUCGGGUAUUUUGCCACGCAAAGCUGAACCAGAAACUCUUAGUGACACUAGCAUUUCGCCCACAACAGCUGUAUUGCAGCUGGCUGCUGGAUCUGCUUCAGCCAGUUCCUUACUCUCGACUACAACAUCGUUGCUGUCCACUACUACAGCAGCAAAUACACAAGUAACUUUUGUAGCCAACAAAACAACAGCAACUCAAAUAUCACCUUUAACACCACCGAAUACAAAUAGUAAUUUCGUAUAUCAACCAUCCAUAUUGGAGCAGAAUAAUAUUGUUGGAAAAACAAUAAAUACAUCAACUGCUUCCACCAUACAAGCUACAACACCAACAUCACCUCACUCGCCGCUGCCAGCUUUGACUACAGCUGCUUCAUCGGGGGCAACAGCGGUCAUAGCCACCGCUAACACUACAACAUCAACAACAACUACCUCGUCCUCAACGGCAUCGUCGACACCAUCGCGUUGUUGUUGUCCACCGCCACAGACUUCACCGUUGCCACACAUCAAGGAAGAAGAAGAGUCUGAACAGUUACUACAACGCCAACACAGCGCCAACCAAGACGACGAUAAUCUAACCGAACCCACCCAACAACAACAACAGCAGCAAAACCAACAAUCACAACUCGAUCAGCUCUCCCCCUUUACGGCCAAUCCCAGUGGUAGUAGUGACAGUUGUACUUCCCUGUCCGCCACUGCUGUAACUACAGCAACAACAUCUUCCAUAACCGGUGGCGGUUGUACCCCACAGGAAUUUACCAAUACCUCUACUCCUUCGCCCAGAAUCAAACACAAAUUUCGCAAGCAACACAAAUCCGGUUGGUCACGUAUUAUACUCGCUCCAAACAGUAGUCUAGUUCCAGUUGGUGGCGGCAGCGGCGGUACUUGUGGUGUUGCCAAUUCUAGUGAAACUUUAGCUUCAUCCUCGAAUAAUAGUAGUAGUGCUGCUACGGUCAGUGCUGCUAUAGCAGCUGCUCAAGCAACUCGCUUAGCAUCUACAUCGGCAACAGCUCUCGCUACACAACAAUCGUCUAGUUCACAGUUAUUACCGGCCAGCAAAAUGCAAGCUGAACAGGGUUCGAUUGGUGAUCUGCAGAAGUAUCACAGUCGAUACUUGAAGAACCGAAGGCAUACGUUGGCGAAUGUUCGGUGAGUCUUUUGUUUGAUAUUAUUGAUAUUUUUACACCUGUUUUCUGUGUAAGUAAAGUUUUAUGCCUUGUAAAUCAUUUUUGGGUUACAAAAUACGUUUAUUUUAUUUUGAGGCACGUUGGCCAAAUGGCUAUAAAUUUUUUAAAAUUUUUUUAAAUAAACUUUUAAAAGCGUCUAACAAGAGGGGAAAAAA